AUGGAACGCAUUACGUUCUCGCGAUUAGCGAUAUGUGCAUAUCUUGCUGCUGUUGCAAUAGCAGUAGAUAUUUUUAGGUAUAAUGGGUGUUAUAAGAAAUCGGACCUGGAAUCACAUUUGACACUUCAAUCUGAAUACGGGUAUCAGUCAAGGGGCUACUGUCAAGAUCACUGCGGGAGUGCUGCAAUAGCAGCAUUAAUAAAUUCUGAUACGUGCUACUGUGGUGAUAGUGCUAAGGUGCUAAGCACUCUUGUAGCUAGCGAUGAGUCUGAAUGUACUGCGAAGUGUAAUGGGAUUGAUACUGAAAUCUGUGGUGGUUAUGACUAUUUUAGUGUUUUGGUUAACUUGAAGAAUAUCAGGGAUGCUCUUCCUAGUAGCUCGAAGUCCUCAGCUGUUUCUGGCAGCUCUUCAUCUGCCGGAGCAACUUCUCAAAGUUCAUCGACUUCGGUUGAAUCCUCUUCAUCCAGUUCGUCACCUUCUUCACUUUCAUCGACUUCAAUCACUUCAACGACAGACUCAAGAGCCGAGGAAACGGAAGAAUCAUCUUCAUCAGGAACUCCUGCAUCUAAAUCGUCGGAAAUAGCAUCUUCCGUCUCAUCUACAUCAAGUUCUACCGCAACUACAAGCCCUAAUUCAAGCUCAAGCUCAAGCUCAAGCUCACCUUCUGCGCCAACUCCGUCUGCCACCAGUCGUACCCCGAGUUCCACUGCAGUUCAAUAUUCCACCGCAGUAACCACCAUCAUAUCGUCGUUCUCCAUCAAUAACUUGGAGUACUCUACGGUAAUAACUACUGUGUUUAGCACUACACCAACCCCUUCAUCAAGCAACACAGAAGCUUCUGCUACAUCGACGACCACUUCCGUAUCGAAAAGUAGCCAUAAAUUGUCGGGCGGUUCCAUUGCCGGAAUUAUUAUAGGUAUUCUAUUGGCUAUUGGACUCAUUGCGGGGCUGGUGUAUUUCCUAUUGUGGAACCGUAUUCAUGACGAUGAUUCAACUGUCACCGAUCUUGAAGAGAAACGAUUCCACCAGCCUUACUCUGUUGGAGAGAGAGAUCCGCUCCCCUUGCAUCAAUCCAACCCGACCUCAAGCGCGACUUCAAGAUUUCAACUACGGAGUGGAUCCGAAAAUUCAAUGGCAGCACAAGGGCACGGUUUCUUCGCUGAGCAUGCACCGAUGGCAAAUUACCAAGAACCUGGAUCCGGGAGGCCUAGGCUUAGUAACAGUUCUCUUCCGGAUGUAACGGAGAAUAGACCGUUAAGAAUCACUAAUCCUGAUAGCGAUUGA